CGUGAUGAAAACGUAAUAGACGUAAACAAUGUGGUACGGUCAACAUCAGAACCUCUAAGUUGAUUUCCUUCAAUUUAUCUUAACUUUGGUAAAUUUUAGCACAUCAAUUAUUAAUCAUAUGGCUUCGAAAAAGUUAACGGGAAACAAACGUAUUGUUUCCGACUCUUGUAUAGAGGUGUACAAUCUUGUACAGAAAUGGAGAAGUUACAUCACGAAUCUUCAUGCAACGAUUCUGGAAAUUUGUCAGAUCAAACAUAAAGAAAUAUCUGACAAUGAAUUAAAAAAACAAGGGCUUUUAGAGUUUUCUGAAUCAAGUUCUAUCUUUUGUGAGCUGGAAAAACUAAGUACAACACUUCAUUCAAAACUGGAAAAUUUGGCUUUUGUUUUGAAAAAGAUGGAAAAAAAUUUGCAGCAUAUAAAUGCUGUGGUUGAACUUUCACUGCUUGAGCAGUCAAAAGAUGACAGUAUUCCCUCCAAUACCGAUCCUGUUUUAUUUAAAACUUGGGCUUUAUCUGGGUUCUGUGAUGUUAUAGAAAGCAUAUACCUGAUGCACAGAAAAGAAUAUGAAGCAAAAAGUAGCAUUGCAAAAGAAAUUUGUAUUUUAAGAAAAAAGUCUGCUCUGAGACAUUCUUUGAAGCUUGUUGGAAAUAUGAGCCAAAUAUAGAUAAAGAUGAGCUAGACAUGUUACUUGAUGGAAUAAUUUUCGAAUUGGA